AUGGAGAAUAAAAGUGGGAAGAGAUUUGAAGGGAAAGUUGCGAUAGUCACAGCUUCCACUCAGGGCAUCGGUUUUAGCGUCGCCGAGCGCCUUGGAUUAGAAGGUGCCUCUGUUGUCAUUUCUUCUCGCAAUCAGGUGAAUGUUGAGGAAGCUAUUGGAAAACUGAAAGCUAAAGGAAUUGAGGUUUUUGGAGUAGUAUGCCAUGUGUCAAAUGCCCUACAGAGGAAGCAUCUCAUUGAGAAAACAGUUCAGAAAUAUGGAAAAAUAGAUGUUUUUGUAUCAAUGGCUGCUGUCAAUCCCUCUGUAAAUGGCAUUUUGGAAAUAGAAGAAUCUAUCCUUGACAAGAUGUGGGAUGUCAACGUGAAAUCAUCCAUUCUUCUUUUACAAGAGGCUGCUCCGCACUUACAAAAAGGUUCUUCUACUGCGCUUCUUGGUUUAACCAAGGCCCUUGCUGCAGAAUUGGCACCAAAUACUCGUGUAAAUUGUGUGGUACCUGGCAUCAUACCGACACGCUUUGCAGGAUUUAUCACUAGCAACGAUGUUGUUAGAAAUUACUUCAAGGAGAUGACAUAUCUCAAAAGGCUUGGAACCACUCAUGAAAUAGCCGCAACCAUUGCAUUCUUGGCGUCCGACGAUGCUUCUUACAUUACCGGUGAAUCUCUGGCUGCCAUUGGAGGAUAUCCUUGUAGACUUUAG